GAAUGAGACUUUCGCUACUCCCUUAUACCAUAGGGAAAGCACCCGCGUCUUUCGUCUUUAUUUUCGUUUCUCCAAUGAAUGGAAUGAAAUUCAGUAUAAGUUUUUAAUUACGCUUCAAAAAGAAAAAGUAUUGCAUUUUUUGUGUUCUAUGUAUUAAUAUAGUAAUAUUUAGUAAAUAUAUAGCAUAUAGUGAACAUUUUGCGAGUGUACUUACAUAUAAAUGUGAGGUUUGUGUAACAAAAUUGUUUAAUUUAGUAAACCUUUAUAAAAAGAUGGGUUAAAUAAAUUUUUGUAAAAUAACUCAUUUCAAAACGUUUAGGGGUGAAUGUAGAAGUCAAUGUCGGUAUCGUCGAGUGAUGCCCUAGCAACCUGGUUUUGGGUUGAUUCGUUUAAAAAAGAAAAAAUUUCAUUAUUCGUCAUAAAAGCUCACAUUUUGCUCAAAUUGCGCAUUAAGUAAAUUAAUUUAAUAGAUACACUCAUAUGGAUGCAUUUAUUCCAUUUUAUACUGAACAAAAUAUACGUACAACAGAAAGCAAAAAAUUUUCAUGGCGAGCGCUGAGAACCUAAAAAUAUAAAACAAUUGUUUGAAAAUAAGUACAAAGAGCAAUAGACUGGCAAUAUUAAUUAAUAAAGUUGUAUGUGUCUUCUUGUUUGCAUAUGAUAAAUGUUUUUAUAUACCAAAGAUUUCAUAAACGAAGUACCAACGUGCAUAUGUACAUGCACAUGUGAUUAUAGUAAAUGCUAAUAUAUAGUGUUUGAUACGCCUCAUUCGCUCAAUAAAUAAGACUGAACAGGACAGAAGCAAUAUUCUCGGCUUUAAGAAAAGGAUUUUGAAUUGCCCAUAUUAACCUAAACAUUGCUAUUGAAGCAGAUAUUGUGUUAAAAUUGCCUUACAGGAACUAUUAAUUCGAAUCGUUGGGCAUUACGCUUUUGGUGUCUUAAUUGAUAAGUAUAGUGUUGUAUAAUGUUUAGCAGUAUUGCGUCGUUUAUCUUUGGGUCAAGUACUACAGAAAGCACGAACUGUAAACCUAUUGAACAUUCUGAAUUACAUAAGUCCAAAAAAUGUAAUCUUACUAACGAUAAACAACGGAAAAAUAGCUUGGAAAAGGAUUCUAAAACUAUUGAAACUAACGGCGAAUAUCAACGAGGAAUACGUAAUAAUAAUAAGCACAACAAUCGAAAGAAUAAAGGAAAGAAACCCGUUCCAAGUAAAAUAAAAGCAGUUAAUUCGAGACCAGCACCAAUUUUAGAUGUCAUAACCUCAGAAUUAUCUGAUGUCGAUUUUGACUUAGAUGAUGAUUGGUUUCUCGUUAAAAAGGACGACGAGGAUGUUUCGAAUUACUUUUUUCGAAAGGGCUCUAACGAAAGUUUGAGUUUAGCUGAACAUAACAAUAGAACAUCAACACCGAUUUCAGAUAUUUUAGAUUUUUCAACAGUGCAGCCACAUAAUAUUUGUAACAACUCUGAUCAGAAGCAGCAAAACAAUUGUGAAAAGCACAUGCUUACCCCAAAAUCAGGAUGUUUCCGAGCUAAUAGUGGACCUAGUACAGAAAACUUAUCAUCAUUAAGCAACUUGGGUAAUAAACCUAGCGAAUCCGGCGUUGAUCUCGCCAACACCCCGAGAUUGUUAGCUAAUAACAGUGGCGCUCAACUGCUGCACGCUGCUAACCAUAAAGAUUUAGAACCCAAUCUUAGCAGUGGCAGUAUUGACAGUAACGGUUCUGGUGCUAAACUAUUUACAAUGGUUGAUUCGUGGUAUAUGACACCUCCGCCAUGCUUUGUCUCAACUGGCCCUAUUUACAUGGAAAUGUCACCAUUUGAAAAUUUACUUAUUGAGCAUCCGAGUAUGUCAAUAUACCAUAGUAUUAAGACUGUUCAAAAAACAUCUGAAAGCUUUGUAAAAUUUGAUCUCGAAGCAAGCAAAUCUAGUCAGUGUCAGGGUCAGACAGAUUUCAACAAUUCUCAAACCCGCAAACAAAAGCGACAAGAAAAAGAAAACUUCAAUCCUCAAAAGUCACAGGAAAUAGUUUUUGUCCAACCAUCACCAACUUUAUCAGAGCAAAAAACUGAACCAAAUAUCAGAAAAAGUGCUAAAACUCCGCGUAUAGACCGCUGUAAUGGCGCUAAUCUAAAAAUGGAGCUAUUUGCUAUGAAUAGCCAAAAGAGUUUAGCAAUUUAUGACCGUCGAAACCUUCGUCGUAAUGCCAUUCUGCGUGCAAAUCAGGUGCGUGAGAUGCAAAGCAGGAACAAUCGUCAGCGUCGCACUGACAUGCAACACCCCCGAGUCAUAAGUGGAGCUAAUAACAACCGUAAAUGUUGUUAAGUACAGGAAUAAAUAUCAGUUAAACUGCGCAACAAAAACAUAAAACUGGUAUCAAUAGAAAAUAAAGAUUAAAAGUAAACAAUUCAUUCAAAACUACAAAUCAAUUGAAACAAAAAUAAUAAUAAAAAUUAUUAGGGUAAUACAAAAAAAAAAAAAUUGGAUAAAAAUAUAAAUCAUUUAUUUAUUCUUUAAGUAAACAAUUGUAUUAUUAUUUUUGAAUAACAAAUAAAUAUUUUAUGGCCAAUGCUCAGAAAAAACAUUCAAGCCACUAUUAAA